CUUUGUAAAAGUUGGAAGUUAAAAAAAACGCGCUUUUAUUAUAUAAAUUUAAUAAAGAAUUGGUUAACCUUGGUAUCUUUUCUUAUCGAAAUACUUGAAUGCGUGCAUAAUUGCUAUUGUGAAAUUUCAAUUCAAACCGUUGAUUAAAAGUAACUUGCUGGGUGUUUCUGUAUUACAUUUAAAGCCACGGAUUUUUUCAAACGCUCUACAUAAAAAGAUAUUAGAACAGCAUAUUGGUGAAAGUGGUACUGUCAGUGUUCACUUUUUUAUAAACUUAUUCGUUGAUAAAACGCUACUUUCUAUUGACGCCCAGUUUUCUUUCCUUCGCGUCGUAGUUUGAGCAAAAUAUUCAAUUGAAAUCAUUCAAACAUUGAACAUUGUGGUUUCGCGUCGUGGAAAAUCGUUUUCAUAUUGCCACAGAUUGAAAGAAAUCGACUACCUUGAAAUACGUAGAGAGGGACAUUUACUCUUAAACAUAUAAAAGCGGUUUAAACUUGGUUUUUCAUAGAGAUCGACUAUUGGGAAUUGAUCUAUUCCGAUCUAUAAGGAAUUUCUCAGAUUGAUUUCUCUUUGUUCAACCUUUGAUUCUCCACCUGUAAUUCUUUUGUUCUUUUGUGAUCACAGAACUUAACAGAUCUUCAGCUGUGGGGUUAAUUGCCGUUGCAUUCCAUAAGAAAAGCAAGAACGAUUAUCGAUCGCAAGUCACAUACUAAAUCUUUUUAUUUAUAUUUACUUGAUUUGCUUUGCUUUGCUCAUAUUUAUUUGGAAGGUGUAUCUGACAGAAUUGGAAAUCCUCGCUAUUGUUGUUUAACAACCGACCUUAUAAGAAACCUGGAAGAUUUGCCAUUUCAGUUAGCAUAGUCAUUGAUUGAUUCUGCAAGGCAUUUCUCUGUUGUUUUUCUCGAAAAGAAAUUUAUUUUAUUUUAUUUUUAUUUUUUUUGGGGAGAAAAUUCUUGUUUGUUCUUCUCUAAGCAACGGAAAUCUCCGCAGAAAUUAAUUAUCUACUAAAAACGUGGUGUUUUGGUAAUUUUGUCUUCGUACGUAUACACAUAGAUUGCGGAGGAGCUUUUUCGCCCAUAUCAUUCACGUGCCCCCAUCUUUUUCUUGUUCCAAUUGAAGUUGAUCUUCGUUAAGCUUUUUGCUUUAAAAACAGACAUCCUCUUUGGUUGUUUGAAAGGCAUUACAGGUGGUUGUUUUCAACUAUCUGUUUAUUGAAAACCAUACGCUCUUUUUUAUAAUCACAUUACCUUUUUAGGAUUACUAGUUUAUAUAUAAUCUCUGGUUGAUUUUAGAUAUAUACAUACAUAUUCAUAAUACCCCGUUAAGAGGAAGAGAAUUUACAAAAAUGUCGCAUAGUGAAGAAUCGGGAUUUCGCUCUACACGAGGAACACCUUCGUUUACUGAUGACACUCGUACUAGAAGGUCGUCAUUUUCUAAAAGGAAUUUUGGAGGUGUAAAGUCCACUACGACUGGUGGCAUUAGUGCGAUGAUGUCUCGCAGAAGUCAAAACAGUGCCGAUGUUCGAGGACAAGAAUAUGACACAAAGGAACUUCGAAGGCAUUCAAAGUCGACUCCUUCUUCUCAAUUGGCGCAUUCCUUGGAUGAUGGGAAAAAAGACAAUUAUGCGAUUCCAUUGUCGGAACGGGAGAAUUUUGAUGAUCGACGUGGGAGUGUUUCUUCAGAUGCGACAAAAGGUGUGCCUGGAUUUGCAUCGGCCAGUAAUUCUUCUACAGUUGUAGAUACCCUUUCGACACAGUAUUUACCAACAAUCCUGUCUACGCAUGGUUCACUACCCAUUCGGCAAUUGAUGUCUGUGUUGAUCGAAACGUAUCCAAUGUUUAACGUGUUGAGUCCGACACAACAGCGACGGGCGUUAACAAAGGCCCUUGAAUCGCAAAAGGGAAUUAUGUUUGACAAAGUAGGAUGGGGACGUUGGAUCCUUCGCGAUAGCACUUCGUCGGGUACAUCUGGAUCCGCAUCUGUUGAAAAGCCCUCGUCAUCUUCUGUGCCCAACGUUAGCCUUUUUGAAAAGAACCAGAAAAAAGAAACGGGCAUAUUGCAGUCUCCGACCGAGAGGGUGCCACACGCGCAGACGAAAACAAAGUGGGAAACCACGUUAGCGAAAGAAGGAGUGGCUAAGGAAGAAGACGAAAUGGAAAUUGAUAUUGAUAUGGAUGUUCCAGUGAAGCAAACCACCAGCAUACCAUCUAAAAGCACGGCAGUCCAACCAAAGAAAACCGGCAAGGAGACGAGAAGUCAAUCGAUGCAGACGCCGUUUUCGAGUUUUUUCGCAUCGUUGGAGGAGACACCCGGAAGCUAUACGGCGCAUUUAGGUGGGUUGUUGAGUCCGCGAGAGCAGACUCCAUCGUUGUUUCGUGAGCAGUAUCAUGACAAUGGAGUAUACUAUGAAGAAGAGGAUGAUGAGGAAGAGGAAAAUGAGUUUUAUGAAGAUGAUCAUGACUAUGAUUCGGCGAUGCCACCAUUCGUGUUGGACGAAGACCAAGUUUUGGAUGCGGGAGGUGAGAGUACAGAUGAAGAAGAUUGGCGUGGCAUAGGGACAGAGGCACUUUUACGAAAAGGAAAUGCGGUGCCACUACGUCGUUUGCCAAAGGGUAUGUUACGAAAGGAUCAUAUGGCAGCCGAGGCCAUGUUGAUGCUCCAUGGAUCGUUGUAAUGAGUGAUGAUGAAUGCAAAACAUGAAUGAACGACUUGUAUAGAAAUUAGAAACCGCUGGAUGAGAUUCGACAUGAUGAUGAUGAUAAUAAUAAUAAUAAUAAUUGAAUUCACAGAGUAUAAAGCUAUGAAAAGAAUCUAAAAAUGAAAUUGUAUGACACAGCAGUAUGGGAGAAAGUAGC